AUGGCCCUGCGGCCGCUCCUCGUGGUCGCCGCUCUGGCGGUCGCCGCGCCGCCUCACCCCGCCGCCGGCUUCUACCUGCCGGGCCUGGCGCCCGUCAACUUCUGCGAGCCCUCCAAGGAGAAGCCCGAGUGCAAGUCUGGAAUCGAGCUGUUUGUGAACAGGCUUGACUCUGUAGAGUCUGUCCUUCCCUACGAAUACACUGCGUUUGAUUUCUGUCAAGCGGAAGGGAAGAAACGUCCAUCUGAAAACCUUGGCCAAGUGUUGUUUGGAGAGAGGAUAGAACCAUCUCCUUACAGGUUCACAUUCAACAAGAAGGAGACAUGUAAAGCUGUUUGUACAAAAACAUAUGAUACCAAGAAGCCAGAGGAUAAGCAGAAAUUAGAUUUUUUGAAAAAAAGUAUGCUACUGAAUUAUCAGCAUCAUUGGAUUGUGGACAACAUGCCUGUGACCUGGUGCUACGAUGUUGAAGAUGGCCAGAGGUUCUGCAAUCCAGGCUUUCCCAUUGGCUGCUACAUUACAGAAGAUGGCCGUCCAAAAGAUGCCUGUGUUAUUAAUUCAGAAUUUCAUGAAAAAGAUACUUUUUAUAUCUUCAAUCACGUUGACAUAAAGAUAUAUUACCAUGUUGUGGAGAAUGAAGCUCUGGGAGCAAGACUUGUUGCUGCUAAACUUGAACCAAAAAGUUACAAGCAUACUCAUCCAGACAACCCUGAUUGCUCAGGAGUGCCUAUGGAUAUAAGCAAUAAGGCUAAUGGAGAAGUCAAAAUUGCUUAUACGUACUCAAUAUCUUUUCAGGAAGAAAAAAAUAUAAGAUGGGCAUCAAGAUGGGAUUAUAUUUUGGAAUCCAUGCCUCACACUCAUAUUCAGUGGUUUAGCAUUAUGAACUCCUUGGUGAUCGUCCUUUUUCUGUCGGGAAUGGUUGCUAUGAUUAUGUUGAGGACGCUGCAUAAAGACAUUGCAAGAUACAAUCAGAUGGAUUCCACUGAAGAUGCGCAGGAGGAAUUUGGCUGGAAGCUGGUUCAUGGUGAUAUCUUCAGGCCCCCGAGGAAAGGAAUGCUGUUGUCUGUUUUCCUAGGCUCUGGCACGCAGAUCUUGAUCAUGACUUUUGUUACACUGUUUUUCGCUUGCCUGGGAUUUUUGUCACCUGCUAACCGGGGAGCUCUAAUGACCUGUGCUGUAGUUUUGUGGGUACUGCUUGGGACUCCAGCAGGUUAUGUUGCUGCCAGAUUCUACAAAUCAUUUGGAGGUGAGAAAUGGAAAACAAAUGUCCUGCUGACAUCAUUCCUUUGUCCUGGAAUCGUGUUUGCGGAUUUUUUUAUCAUGAAUCUCAUUCUCUGGGGAGAAGGCUCUUCUGCAGCUAUUCCGUUUGGUACUUUGGUUGCUAUUUUGGCACUCUGGUUUUGCAUAUCUGUUCCACUGACGUUUAUUGGUGCCUAUUUUGGCUUUAAGAAAAAUGCUAUUGAACACCCUGUUCGCACAAAUCAAAUUCCUCGUCAGAUUCCUGAGCAGUCGUUCUAUACAAAGCCGUUACCUGGAAUUAUCAUGGGAGGGAUUCUGCCUUUUGGGUGCAUCUUUAUCCAGUUGUUCUUCAUUCUGAACAGUAUUUGGUCUCACCAGAUGUAUUACAUGUUUGGCUUCCUGUUUCUGGUUUUCAUUAUUUUGGUUAUCACAUGUUCUGAGGCCACCAUAUUGCUCUGUUACUUCCAUCUAUGUGCAGAGGACUAUCACUGGCAGUGGCGUUCAUUUCUCACUAGUGGUUUUACUGCAGUUUAUUUCCUAAUAUAUGCAAUACAUUAUUUUUUUUCUAAACUGCAAAUCACAGGAACAGCUAGCACCAUUUUAUACUUUGGUUAUACCAUGAUUAUGGUUUUGAUCUUCUUCCUUUUCACAGGGACAAUUGGAUUCUUUGCAUGCUUUUGGUUUGUAACCAAAAUCUACAGUGUGGUGAAAGUUGACUGAAAGAACCAAUGUCAAGAAUUAACGCGGAAGAGGUUAAAUCUUCACGAGCAUAACUUACAGACCUGAUCUCCGUGAUGAACUUGAGCUUUAUCAGAAGUGUUGGCUUUCUGUUCUUUGAGAAUGAUACUGAAUAUGCAGCUGCCCCAAACACUUUCUUCCACUAACACGUUUAUAUUGUGACUUAACAGCCUGUUUUCAUGCAGAUCUCAGUGAAGAUCAGAGUUACAAUAUUUAUGCAUUUGUAAAUACAACGAUACCUUAAAAUAAACGUUGAAUUCUAAUGGCAGAGUAGAACUGGCUGUGUUAGGCAACUUACUGAUACUUCUGAUUAAAGUACAAUUGUAAAUAGGAUUUUCUAGCUUGGUAGGUGGGAUGAAUUAUUUUUCUUUGAGGGAAAUGAGAACUUUUUAUUAUGCUAACUUUGAAGGAUGACUCUUAAGAAGUGUCGCUUUUAGUUUGGAUGUGAUUUUUAUUUUUUACUGGUAUUAUGUCCACAAAUAUUCUGAUUUCUGUGACUUCAUUAGUUUCCGUGUUUUUGGCCUUUUAAACUAUGUGCCUCUGAGUCCUUGAAUUUAUAAAUUCAUAAUCUAAUAAAUAUUGUAAAAAUGUC